AGCGCGGUAAGCGCGCCUCGUUGACUCACUCGAACGACGAUGCCAAAGGAGGAGGGCCACUCGGCCGAAGCGAUGUUCGCGAUGCUCGCCUUCUCGGCUUGCUCAAGCUCUCUGCUUCUCAUCAACAAGCUCGUCAUCCACUACAUACCAAUGCCGUCGUUUGUCUCGACCGCACAGUUUGCUGUGUGCACCAUCUUCAUACUGGGGCUGCGAAUCACCGGAGCGGCCGAGGUGGACGGCUUCGAGUGGGAGAAGGUCAAGCCUUACCUCUACUACACCAUCAUGUUUGUGUGCACCAUCUAUUGCAACAUGAAGGCGCUGCAGUACUCGAACAUCGAGACGAUCAUAGUCUUCCGCUCCUGCGUCCCCCUCGUCGUCUCGCAGCUCGACUACCUCUUCCUCGGCCGCCAGCUGCCCUCGCCGGCGUCGACCGGCGCGCUGCUCGUCCUGGUCGCCGGCGCGGCGGGGUACGUCCUCUCCGACGCGGCCUUCAAGCUCAACGGGUGGAACGCGUACUCGUGGGCGACCGCCUACUUCUUCAUCAUCUCGGUCGAGAUGGCCUACGGCAAGCACAUCGUGGGCCCGCACCUCAAGUUCAAGUCACUCUGGGGGCCGACAAUAUAUACAAACGCGCUCGCCGUGCUGCCGAUGCUCGCCGCGUCGCGUGCAGACAGCGCCGUCUGGAGCGGCACCCGCCUCCUCCUCCUGCCCCCUCGCCCCUCGCGCACCGCCAUCUCCUUCUUCGGCUGGUACUGCCGCUCGCUCGUUACCGCCACUUGCUACACGACCAACCUGUCGGCCAACGGUUGCAGGCACGCCUCUCCCGUCGGCAUCGCUUGCCUGCUCGUCUGCCUUGCCGGCGCGACCGCCUAUAAGCAGGCGCCGCCGCGGCCAGACGGCACCGACAUUUGGCUGCAUUCCGCCCUCCAGUCGCCUGCCGCGCGCCGCACCGCCGCCGUCGGCAGCGCUGUGCUGCUGCUGGGGGGCGCGGGCACGGCGUUCGUGGCGGGGCGGCAGCCGCAGGCGGGCUCGACGGCGGAUCGGUCGGUCAUGGAGGCCGCGGGAGGGGCGGAAAGGGACCGGCGAGGUCUCUGAGUCCUGCCGGCCCGCUCCGUCCGUGCGGGCGCGUGCGUGCGUGUCGGUGUCGUGUGAGAAUCACCGUGUGUGUGUGUCUGGGCGUCAGUCUCUCCUCUCUAGUCUCUGUCGGCUUCGCUCCCCCCCGCGCCCCGCGGUCCUUGAGACGUCGCGGCCGCGGGUGAGGUACACAGUGGGCUCUAAUACACUGAUGCGAGCUACGGCUCUUAUCGAG